AUGGCACCUCUUGUACUGAAGAUAAAGGGGAGCAAAUCCUUUUUAUCAUUUGUGGACUUGGAUUCUGAAGAAGAGUUGUCAAAGACUUGGCAAGUAUGCACCAAAGUGAAAGAUUCUUUAGAAAACGGAUCAAGAUUGGAAAAUCUUUCUUGGCGACUUUGGUUCCGACAACAACUAUCGAAACAUCAAAAAACAUCUUCCUUAUCUGAAUGUACAGCAAAACAACUUGAUCGACACAAUUCUAUCAGUGUUGCAGCAAGAGAACGUCGAUCCCAACUAAAGAAGAAAACAAAAGAACAUCCGGUUUCAACCAAUGCAAUGACAUCAAUAGAUAGAAUGGAAACGGAUUCAACACCACCGGUUUCUGAUGAUGUUCCAAUGUACGAUAUGGAUCAGUCUUUUUACAACUUUACUCUCCCUCAGUUCACAUCUGACCAAGCUACCGAUCAAAGUAUUGAAUUAGAAAACAUUUUUGGUGCGUUGGACAGUGGCAACCUAUUCUUCAAUAACACCAACACUCAACCAUUACCAUUGGAUCCAUUGUCUUCAGCAUUACACAAUCCUUCAUUAUUGAAACAACAACAACAACAACAACAAUAUAUCAACUCCUUACCACCUACUACUUAUGCCUCUAUUCCAUAUGAACAACCAUCCUCUCAACAAUCCAUGUUUUUACAAGGUCGACUUACCGAUAAUGCUACCACUCCACCUAUCUGUUCCAACUGUGGAGCUCUGAGUACACCAUUAUGGCGACGAUCACCAGAUGAUCAAUUAUUAUGCAAUGCUUGUGGAUUAUAUCAAAAGUUACAUAAUACACCUAGACCAAAGACAUUGAAACCUCAUGGUAAUAAGAAAGAAGUACCACCAGACGAACCUCAAUUAGAAUGUAGUAACUGCGGUACAGGGAUUACUCCAUUAUGGCGAAGAGAUGACGAAGGAUCACCUUUAUGCAACGCUUGUGGAUUAUAUUUGAAAUUACAUCAUGAACAGAGACCUUUAUCCAUGCGAACCAAUGUUAUCAAGAAACGACAAAGAUAUGAUGGUGUGACUGGAGCGAAAACAAUGAAGAAACAAAAGGAUGAUGAUUCUGGAAUGGUAUCAUCUGCAAGUCAUUCUCUUAACCCUUCACCUGAAAUAUCACCUUCGACAGCAACAGCAAUGAUUCCUCCUCCUUCUUCUAAUCAACUCUAUUUACCACCGGCAGCUUAUCCUUUUGCAUCACAAUCCACCACUUUUUUUCAUCCAACACAACAGUCUCAGCAAGUAGUACAACAACAAUCACAGCAACAAUCACACAAUAUUGUCCAACUCAUGCAACAACAACAACAACAAAAUAAAUACUUCACGAAUAUCAAGAUGGAAGAUUUCAAAAUGUAG